UAUAUUUUGAAUAAGCGUUUUAAUAAAAGGUUUUUUUGUUGUUUCAGGUGGCUUGUGAACAAGAAUGGAACAGAUUACGAAAUAUUUGAUCAUCAUCGCAUCACUAAUGACCGUCAAGUUUACAGUGACUGGUAGUAAGAACGAAGAUAUUGAACCGAGAAUGGAAAGACUUUAUUAUUCACCAGUGUUCAUUAACGUUUGCGACAUUGUCGACAGGCGAUCUAAAGUUCACUGUUAUUGUGACAGUAACAAGCCCAAAAUGGCCACUAGAGCGGACUGCUGGGUAUUUAGCGGAGGAAUUACUGAAGAGGAUCUCAUCUGGCCUAGUUUUUCAUCGCAAUCCGAAAUAGAACAUCUGAUGUUUAACGUAAGGUCGGACGACGCGCUCACAUUCAUCCCAGCGAAAGCAAUAGUAAGGCUGGAUAAAUUGAAACAUCUCUCUAUACAAUUUGGAACUAUAAAAAGAAUCCCACCGUACGCAUUUACGAACUCUUCGACAGUCAGACAAAUUGUGUUAAAAUCAAAUAAGAUCGCCACAUUAGAGAAGCACUCGUUUUCACAGAUGAUGAUGUUAUCGAAUCUAAGCCUGGACGAAAAUCAAAUAUCGGAAUUAAAGAGAGACGUGUUUUUUGGUCUACCAAACCUACACGUUUUACAUUUAUCGAAUAACAAUUUAAGUCUGAUUCAUGAAGGUUGUUUCAAGCACUUGAAUAAUUUAAUAGAACUCAAUUUGGAUUAUAAUUACAUAUCAGUAGUGACUAGAGAAAUGUUAGAAGGGCUCGAAAACCUGUCUAGAUUGAAUUUGAGGAAUAAUAAACUAACAAUGGUUGGGAAUUUGGCUUUUAGUGAACUGUGGGGAUUGAAAGAGCUGAUGUUAGAUAAUAAUGCUUUAGAAUAUAUAUCAGAGAGGGCUUUCGGAGGCCUCACACAGUUGAGAAAAUUGACGCUGUCCGGCAAUAAGCUGACAAAGUUCUACGAGGAUAUACUGGAUGAUAUAAGAAGCCUAGUCAUUUUAGAUUUGAGGUACAAUAUGUUGGAAGCCAUCUCAUAUGAAACAGUUCGACCAGUGGUGGAGAAUGACAAAUCUGCUUCAGCUGCAGUUUAUUUGGAAGGUAACCCACUCAACUGUAAUUGCCGCCUCUCCUGGAUCUACGCGUUACGCAACGAGACGCGAGACAACACACUAAGGCAGGCUCUCGAGAAAGUAUCAUGUGUCACCGACCUAACUGUCGACAGGCACUUGAACGACCAAGAAGAUAACGAAAGCGCCAAAGAUAAUGCCCUACCCGAAGACACUUACGACUAUUAUGAUAAAACCGAAGAGUAUUCCGAAAGGAAAUUCACCAAAAAAGCUACGAAACUUAUCGAUAUUCCCCUGGAAACUCUUCCGUGCCCCAAAGAGCUGAUGCAAACUGAAGAGUACGGCCACCCAGUACAGAACGAGAUCAGACUCAAAGCGUUCUCCAAUGUCGAUAAAAUAUCUCCGUGUUUAAUUUUAGUUGUAUUAAUGCUGUUGUGUUAAUUUGUAAGUAUGAGACAAAAAUAUUUGUGAUAUUAGACGUUAACUAGUGUAUCUCUCGUGUACAGAUUUAAUAUAUUUGUUGUUCUAAAUGUAGCUGUUGUAUUUCGCCAUUUUAUAUUUUAAUGUGUGCGGUGUGAUUCUUAGA